AUGUCGGCUCCCGCUCUCGAGCCUCCCCCGCCCGUCGCGCGCCUCGACGGCGCACCGCGAAGGCUGCCCAAGGGCGCGAGCGACCCGAUCUCCCAGACAGGCGGCGGUUGCGAGUGCGACCGCUCGAAGGGCGCCGUCGUCCUCUUCUACGCGUACGUGCCCAUCGCCGACCCGGCGUCGCUGGUCACCGAGCUGCGCGCGACGUGCGGGUGCAACGGCGUGACCGGCAAGCUGAGGAUCGGACGCGAGGGCAUCAACGGGACCGCCGCGGGGACCCACGCGGGGAUCGACGCGAUGAUCGAUGCGCUCGCGUCGUGCGCUCGUGAACCCCGUCUCGCGGCGGCGGCGAAGAGCCUGGACUACAAGCACGCGCCGGGUUGCGCGUGCCUCUUCGACGAUCUCAGCGUGAGACUCGUCCCGGAGAUCGUGCCGUUCGAGCCGUCCGCCGGCGGCGCCAAGUCGGCGAGGAAGAAGAGACGAGGAGGGCGACACGCCACCGUCGGCGGCGACGACGACGGCGGCGAGAGAGGGACCGAGACGGACGCCUCGGCACCCUCGGCACCCUCGGCAUCCUCGGUACCCACGCCGUGUCCCGUGGGGUACCUCGACCCCCGCGACUUCCACGACGCCGUCCGCGACCGCGCCGCGUCCGCGUCCGCGUCCGACGUCGUCGUCCUCGACGUCCGCAACUGGUACGAGAGCCGGGUGGGUCAUUUCGACGGCGCGGUGCUCGCGCCCAUACGGCGGUUCAGUCAGCUUCCGGAGUACGUCGAACGUAACAGGAGCCUGUUCCACGGGAAGGACGUUUUGAUGUACUGCACCGGGGGUAUCCGGUGCGAGAAAGCCGCGAGGUACCUCGCGUCGCUCGGGGGAAACGACGGAGAAAAAAACGCGGGGGUGACCGGUCGUCCGAGGUCGGUGCGGCAGCUUCGAGGCGGGAUCGUGGCGUACGCGCGCGACGUCCUCGGUGCCGAGGCGGGUGCCGAGGCGGGUGCGGAGACGAAGUCGGCGUACAAGGGAUUGAACUUUGUCUUUGACAACCGGGGAGCGGUGCCGGUGACGAGCGACGUCGUGACGUGGUGCGACGGUUGCGGGGCGAAGUCCAAUCGACUGGGGAAGUGCGCGGGUAUCGGGUGCCACGUCAUCCUCGUGGUCUGCGAAGCGUGCGGCGGCGGCGGAAACGGCGACGGAAAUGGUGCCGAGGCGAGGGUGUUCUGCUGCGGGAGCUGCGAGGCGCAGGAGAUGGCCCGGGCAGAGACAACCGCGGGGGCGAAACUAAAACGAAAACCGUGCGAGUGCGACGGGUACGAGGCUAGGCGCCGUCGCCUCCUCCCGACGCCUAAUUAG